CUUCUGCAGGUUUAUCUUUCUGUGAAUGAACACAAAGAGUAAACAGCAGACGUCCUUCAGUCCUACCUGUCUGCAUGACUCCAUCCCCCCAGCUCAGACUGAGAACCACAUCACCUGUGGAUACCGGCUAUUGCCGGCGAGACGCUGAGCUGCUGCAGUCGGGUUGUUGACAUGAAACUGUUGCUCGGCUGCUCCUGAUCCUCCUCCAUCCAUUCACUUACUCUAGAGGCUUGGCUUGUUUGUUGCCGGGGGUUACACUUGUUGCUGAGCACAAUGUCGGAGCACUUGCAGCUCUCCCUUGCCUUGUGCAGGAUUGGGCUCUACACGUGUUUCCGGGCAUUGUGCUGUAAAGGACCGCCACCUCCAAGACCAGAGUACGAUGUGGUGUGCAUCGGCCUGACAGGUGCCGGAAAGACCAGUCUGCUGUCCCGCCUCUGUAGUGAGGGCAGCGAUGGCAUCGUUCCAACAACAGGUUUCAGCAUCAAAGCAGUGCCAUUCCCGAAUGCCAUCUUGAAUGUAAAAGAACUUGGAGGAGCUGACAAUAUCAAGAAAUACUGGAGCCGUUACUACCAGGGGUCACAGGGCGUAGUCUUCGUGCUGGACAGCGCCUCGUCGGACGAGGACCUGGAGGCGGCUCGUAACGAGCUCCACUCCGCCCUGCAGCACCCACAGCUCUGCACACUGCCUUUCCUCAUCCUCGCCAACCACCAGGACAAGCCUGCCGCUAGGACGCCAAACCAAGUUUCAGAUCAGUGGUUGCUACCAAAAUGAAUGUUCCUUCAGAUGUUCAUGAAUUCUAUGAACGCAGUGAUGUCAGUUGUACACACCUGUGCCUGACCUGUGACCCGGCCCCGACUGAGGGGCUCUAACUCCAACGGCCAUCAUGGACAUUCUCUCAUGGCUUUGGAACCCAUCAUGUUCACGUUUUGUUUUGUUUUGUGUUGUUUUGCUGUUCAUAUUUUAUUUUUUAGCCCUGUUAGUCACGCAUUUCAGUGGAUGUAAGUUGUGCUUGGUGCCAGCAGUGCUCAGCCUUGUUUGCUAUGUUUGCCAUGUCGGCUUAUUUCCAGCAAGGUCAGUCACACAUUUGGAUUAAUAAAGUCAUGCACUGUGCCUGUUAGCUUUUAGCGCUGCUUCUGAUUGCCUUCUUUAGUUUGCCUAGUUUUUCCCUCUUCUAUCCAAUUCUAUCCAAUACGGCAACUCUGCCAUUAAUUCUGCUUUUACAGUAUUUGUAUUUAUUAUUUAUUUAGUGCAGGAGUUGAUGUGGAGUGGAUUUUAACAGGAGCUGGUUCAAAACUGCUUUUCAUAUUUAAAGUAAGAGAGAAGCACAAAGCAUGAGCAGCUACUGCUCAUUGGAGACAAAUAAGCCAUGGACAAGCUUCGAACACCUCAUUGCCCAACAUCACUCCACCCCCAUUGUGUGUAGGAUGGAUGAGUGAAUGUAUGUAAACACCUUAUGGGGUCCCAGAGCUGCUGAGGGUGAAGAGGCACUGGAACCCUUCAGAUUGCUCCUGAAGGACUUAAGAAAACAAAAGUCUCUGAUAGCAGUCACUCUGUCAGAGCUUCAGUUGUACUCGUCAGUUAAAAAAAAAAGUCCCUCAUGCCGAAUUGUUCACUGAGCCAAAGACUUGGCAGAAGCCGUGAAAAGGAACAAACAAACAUUGUUGUUAGUUCAAUUCAAUUAAGUUGAUUAAGUUUAACCGUAGGCUGAAUGCUAUGGUUAUUAGAAACCACAAGCUCUGAGCACUAGUAUAUGUACGGACCAGGAUUUCCGCUAAUAGGUUCUAUUGGAAUCGGCUUUUAACUUCUUCCUCACUAGCAGCAUCUCAGUCAACCUGACAAGAGGGAAAGUGGGCGAAAAGGCAUGGGCAUGGAGGGCUUUUCUUGGCUGAGUGGAGAGAAUGAAGAAAGGCGAGUAAUCUGCUCUGUCUGGUACAUUACCCAUGAAUGAGGCCUGAGCUCGUCAGGGGACUCAUAGAGGAUGCACUCUGGCCUUAGGACACAAAGACAGGGCAUGGCCAGUCACUUUGUAGCACUUAAAUCCAUCGCUUCAGCUUCCACACGUCAUUCACUUUUCUCAUUUCUGGGCUUCUUUGUUUAUGUUCUUGUUGUCUUCAUAAUAUGUUUGCUGCAUUUUUUUUCUUUAAUAUAUUGCAGUGUUAAGUUUUAGCUUCUCUGCUUGUGACCAUAACAGUUUCUUAAUUUGAACAUUUGUGGACCUGGAUCUUAAGAAGGACCUGUUAUACUAUAGCUAAUUAAAUGACGUGCAUGUUGCAGACGUUAGGACUUUAUUCUGGUGUCUUUUUAUGCUGUCCACCGAGCUCUUAUCUAUGUUAGUGGGCAAACACCUUGUAAACAACUGGUCAUUUGACCUUAGUGCCCCUCUUUCCACUUUUAGAACCAAGUGGCCCCUUAAUGGGGAUGUCCCGGCUGGCAUGGAUGUGUCCAGACUUGUACGGCCUUUGCCCCCCGCCCCCUCCCACCUCAACAACAGGGCCCCCCUGUGAAUCAUGGAGAUGUCUUAGAAGGGAUAUGCUCAUCUUUCAAGUAAACCGGGCAGUGUUAUUCACUCCACUUUAUUCUUGACAACAGUUACCAUGUAACAGAGCUGAUUAUAGCCUCAUAUUAGGUGUUCGUGUCUUUUUCCGCGGUUAUGAUAUCACAAACAGAAGAGUCGGCCAUGACCUCACUGCAACAUGUUUAUGUGCUUGUCCUAAUCCAGGGCUCCAGCAGGGUCUGCAUUCCUCAUACGUGAAUUAUGGUUUCAUCACAUGUAGGCUUGGACUGACGCCGCCCCAACCAACUUAAAAUGGCCUAAGUCACUGUGUGACAAUGUUAGUGGUGAAAUAUGACUUUAAAGAUGGAGAGGCUGCAGGAGUUUAAAUAAGAAUCCACUAAAUGCUUUCGUACAUAUUCAAUUUGAAGACAAGCAGUUGUUAACAGAUGGGUAAUGGCAUAGUCCUUGAUGAUCUGGAGUAGCUAAUUAGGAGAACAACACUGUAAUAUUUCUGUAAUAAGCCAAGAAAGAAGGCUUCAUGCCACGUGUGGUGAUCAUCUUUACACGAGUAGUGUCAUUAAAUGUUUUCUACCAGAUGUGACCCUACAGCCGGCAAACAGUUGCGCCAGCGUCGUGGACCGCACAACAGAAAACUCAGCUCGCGUUCAUAUUUUGGCGGAUCCGGUUUCAGGUGUAAUCAGAUUACAGGCUCCUAACUACAUCACAAUAUCCGGGCACAAUUUAAGGUUUUUUUUUUUUUUUUCAUGGAAGAUAUCAAGUUCCACAUCAGACAUUCAGAUAAGCAGCACUACAGUGCGUUUGUAGGUUUGAUGCACCCAGUCGUUUUAAGAUAUUUUGUUCUGAGGUUCAGUGCAACUGCAACACAGACAUUCGGUGCAGACAGUAUUGUGUGGGACUUGGCAGACACCCCCUGAAGCGUCUUUUGAAAAAGGUUACCUUGUUUGCCCCUUGAGCUAUUUUCGCUCUGCCUCUCUGUCUGGACUCGCCAGUCUGUGAAAAUACUCCUCACUAACCUUACCUCCUCCUCUCUCCCUCCCAUCUGAUGUCUGUCAUGACAUCACUAACAUCAGGUAUCUACAGCAAACAGCAGUAAACGGGCUUUUGUUUAAUAAGCAUUAUUAUCACACCUGCUUUGCAGCACAUUCCUGAUUACACGCUCUAAUGAGACGGGCACUUCAAGUAGGAUUAUCGACCCUGGGGGUCUACACCUGAAAUUAAGUCCCACUCUUCUUCUGACUUAAACAGCCUGCAGAGAAAUCACAGCUCUGACAGCGUGGUUGAUCCACUUGUUUACCCGCACACACCGACUGCUGUGAUCUACACUGUUGAUGUGAUAGUUGCUUUCAAGUUAAAAGAACAGAGUUAUAACUUCAAAGAAUAAUUAUUGUCCAGAAACCUGCCUGGUUGCCAUGUAAUAAAAACACCGUAGUCAUCAUCCCCAUGACAACGGGUUAAGUGGAGUUUCAGGUCUGUUUUAAGUCUUUUCACUAUUAAACUGGAACUCACUUGAGCGUCAUCAAAAAAAGUAAUAUGAAACUGCAAUAUUCUACAUACUACAUGAAAACACAAUUUUUAUAUUUUGUAAUUAACAACAAUUAUAUUAAUUAUAGUUUUUUGCUCUGACAUGUUUGCCAUUUUUUGUUGUUGCAUCAUCUCCGACUUUAAGGUGAACUUUGUGCUUUAUAAAUCAUCUGACUCACCAUAGAUGUGGCCAAAGCACCGUAAAACACUUCAGAGUUAAGGUCCUGGAUGUGUUUGUUUUCAGUAGUACCUGUUCUGUCAUGCCCAAUAUGUUUUUCGUUCAGUUGCUAAGUGCAAAUAUACAGGAAAACCUGUGUCCUGUCCCCACACAGAACAUUAUUUUUUCCAGUCCCUAAGUGGGUGGUGGUAACCGUUGUCACUUUGCCUCCUAUACUGUGGGCAUAGCACAUAAUUGUCUCUGUACCAGAUCUGCAAAACCACCUAUUCAUCCAGUGUUUUUAUGGUUGUGGAUACGUGAUCACCAAUUUCAAGCAUUUACUCCAGUGUGCCAUAUUUGAUUAAACCAUGAAGGAGCUGUGGGCUGGUUGUACAGCGUGUUCUUGGUGUCUGUCGGCUGAGAGUGGAGUAAAGGACAGUUUGGAAAAUGUCACAUAAAAUGUGAAACCUGUGUAUUGGAAUAAAUUAGUGCUGCAAGAUUAAUCCAACCACAGUGAGUCUGAGUAAUUAUAUAGUAAGCUGAGAUGAGUCAAACGGCGGUUUGCUGGUUAUUUUCAUUCAUAAUGAAGAUGUGACCCAUGGAGGCUGACAAAGUAAGUCAGAUGCAGGACAUGUAACAGUGUCUAGAAUUGUACGCAGUGAAGCUGCAGCAUCAUCAACAAGACAACAGCUUUAUGAUCUCAUGUGCUAAACGCAAAACGACCCAGGAUGCAGUCCUUGGCAAUGGCAUCCUCCCAGAACACAGUGUUGCUUCUGAUUAGUGUCAGGCAAUUAUGGUUUAGAAGUGUCUUAAAUGAUCUGUGGUAUUUGAGAAGCAGCAGCAGCAGUAUCGCCUCCAGAUGACAGGAUUUUAAAGGCUGGGGAUACAGAUGCACAAACAGGAUAUGUUUAUGUUUUAACUCUGGGAAAACAGCACAAUUUUUUUAAUUUCUAAUAGAGUUCAAGACAAAAAGCUUUUUUCCUUCUUCCUGUCCUUUUUAAAUUAUCCUUCUUUUCUAUUGUGCAAAAGGGGCUUUCCACUGUUAAAAAUGUAUGAUAUUGUUUCCUCUUUUGUUUAGUAAUCCUGGCCUGUAUAAAGCCAGAGUCUGUUUUUCACCUGUGGGGAAGAGCUGCCAGUCACUGACAAUAGAGAGGAUGGCGUUCCAGCGCUCACAAUUACCGCUGAAAAGGUCCGGACUGUGGCACGUUUAACGGAAACGUUUAUGUGUAAUAAUCUCUUGUAAUUGAGGCCUUUUGAAGUAAUGCCUGGGUGUUGAUAGCCAUCAUUGUUUUCCUGUCAUGCACACCAUGCAGCUAUGUUCACACCUCCACUGGAGUCGCUUUACCACAAAGCAUCAUAUUGAGCCAUAUACGUUUCAACACGAUUAAGAAAUACACAUUGAUAUCUCUUUAGUACUUCACCACCGUUCAACUAGUUUGAACACAGACAGACAGACAGAAAGGUCUCAAUAAAGUGACAUAAAAGCUUUGGAAAGCAGACAGACAAUGAAAAUGAACAGCUCCAAGCACAACAGAACAGGCCAAUGUCAAGUUCUGGAACUGGUCCAGCCACCACAACAAUGCUUAUUCAGCUUUAUCUGCCUUGGUUCGACUUUGAUAUUGUAAUUUAUGUUAUUUGACACUUAUCCAAAAUGUGCUAUUUUACUCCCCAGGGUGAAGGCUUUGCAUAAUCACUCAAGGCUAAUUUCCUAUAGAGAGACUGCACCUUUUUUAAAACUGUGGGCUUUGAUGCUGUUAAGGUAUCGGGUAUUUAUACAGCAGUAUGUACUAUUAAGAUGAAGUGAGAUUUGGUCUUUUACAAACGGCAUGUACACGAUCCAUCCAUCUAUCUUAGAGUUUUAGAAGUGCUGGAGUCAAUCCCAGCUGCUGAGAGAGGCAGCGCUAUUACACGGCCAAAAUAAGGGAGACAGACAACCGUGCAAGCUCACAUUCACACCUAUGGGCAAUUGAGAGUCUCUAAUUAACCCACAUGUAACUGCAUGUCCUAGAAGCCAAAUUACAAACACGGGCCCAGGAAGAACGUGCUCCUCUCACAAAGGCACCUGGUUGACCUGUGGAUUCGAACCUUAGUCCUUCUGGCUGAGAAGCCGGCGCUAACCACCACUCCAGAAUAUAUCUAAUUUAUUUUCACAAUGAAACAAAAAAGGCUCAAGGUGUCAGCAGAACAUUUUACGAAGCGUCAAACCUGCUUUGUGUUCUUGUCGUUUACCCACAAUGCAUCCUGCCUCCCCAAGUGAGUCAGCGACCCUGUGACCCCUGUUCUUCUCUUUGACCUCCUUUGCUAGAUACUGACCACCCCAAAAGAGCUUCAGAUGCUCUGACCAAGUGACUCACAUCUCUGUCCUCCUCUUUCCUGUUUCCAGCACGUUACCUUGUUAAUGUUCCCCUGCUGUGCAGUACAUCCCUCCCACCAACAGGUGCCAGAGACAGCGUUCACUCCACCUGUCAGUGUUUAGCCUGUACAUUGGUCAACGUGGGUUAAAGUAACAGUUAAAGCGUUACUUUCUACACACAUGAAACAAAGUGACAUUAAACUUCAGGGCCUUUUAAAAAGUUAUAAAAAAAAAGUUAUAAGCUGGAGAGCAAAUUCUCCAAGUUUAUUUAUCUAUCUAUUCUAUUGAUCCUGAGCAAGACUUUUUCUGCACAUGCCUCCUUUUUUCCUAACCUACACUUAGUCAUGUUCUAAGCUGUGUCUUAAUUGUAUUAUGUUUUAUUUAUUCAGCUUAGCUCAUGUUUUAGAUCUGUGCUUGAGCACUAGGUCAGGAAAACCCCAUCGUCUCUUUACAGUCGAGACUGAGAAAAACAGAGCUGCCUCUAUGGAAGAUUAGCAGUGAGAUGAUUCAUGAACCUAAAGUAACAUCAGGUCCAACAGCUUGUAUUGGGCUUCGGUGUUAUUUACCAGAGAUUCUAACAC